AUGGCUGUCGCACAGAGACCUCAUGCAUCCUCUGGCUCGGAUUGGCAUGGUCUUGAACAUUUAGAGAUGAGGUCAAAACCAUGCUUCUCAAAUGUUCAGGAACCACUUCCUUCCAUUCAUACAAUAUUUUCUACUUUGGCAAGCCAGGAAAAAGUAAAUGGAGCGGAGUACAGACACAAUACCGCAUCAUUUUCUCCCGUCAUGACAGAAAGAACAUACAACACUUCUCCUGAAUCAAACAAGAGAAGGAUAUCAUCCAACAGUUCCUAUGACGACGAGAUCCAGCAGCAACGAGGAAGAUAUCAAUCAGUUAGCAGCAGUCGAAGCCCAAUGACCUACCAUCAUGAUAGUGGAGCUGCAUCGCCAGUUGGUCCUAUUGCUCGUCGGGAAAGCCUCCGCUCAAUUCCAGAGCGCAGAGCCCCAUUUUCAGAUCACACUUCCAGACCACCAUUCCAUUCUCCAAUCUCAGAACCAUCAAGUACCAUAUACCGUCAAAAUCUUCCCGGUGUAGCUACAAAAGAUCGAUCUUAUGAUAGGCCAUACCACCAGAUCCCAGCAGGUCAUUCUCACGAUUAUCCAAGAAGCGAGUAUUCAUUGGAAGCUUGCCGACCAUACCAGCAGCACAACUAUGCCCCCGCUCAUGAUACAUCAUACGCCCCUUCACAAUCUGAUUAUGGCUAUCAACAGCCUAGAAACCAGGCUUAUCCUGGGCAUCCUCCUUAUCAACUCAAUCAAGGACAAACUCCUUUCACUGAAGGACAUCAUUCAGGAAACUACAGUUCUGCCGCUUACCAAGCACAAGACAUGGACUCGAAACCCCGAAAGCGACGAGGGAACCUUCCCAAACCCACUACGGAUAUCUUGACAACCUGGUUCAUCAACCACCUAGAACAUCCAUAUCCAAAUGAGGAAGAAAAACAAUUAUUAAUGGUACAAACAGGACUACAUUUGAACCAAAUAUCCAACUGGUUCAUCAAUGCACGUCGACGCAAAUUACCUGCACUCCAAAAUAAUGCUCGUGCAGAGAACGCUGCUAGGUCCCACCACAACCGAAUGCAUUCGGCCGAUGAUGAACAGAGUCCUAUGAGUCUCUGCAACAGUGACGCAGGAUUAAGCCCCAGAGACGCAUCUACAUUCAACGAAGGAUGGUCUUCACGGCAAGAGGAGAGACACAAUCAGCAUCAUUAUUGA